AUGGGGACGACGGGCCGCGGAGUGGAAUUGCCCUCGAGAAUCGGGCGAGGGGUGCGACGAAAACCUUGUUGUCGGGUGGAUGGCUCGCUGACGAAAAGGGAGAGGACGAAGCAACCAUGGAUGGACAAGACAACGACGUCGGGCAUUGAGGGGGUACAACGGGCGACGAGGUCGAGAUCAUCUUCCACUAACCAGGUGAAGCUCCUGUCGCCGGACAAAGAUUUGAAGAAGGAGGGAGAGAUAGAUGGGGAGCAGCCCGUGGAGCCGCCGACGAGGCGGCGAAGGGAGGGUUGA